GGGUCCUUUGCUUAAAAAACGUUGAAGAUCCCUGCUCUAAAGUUAAAGCUUAACCCAUUUUAAUGGGAUUUCAAUACAUUGUUGGUCUGGGGCAGUCCUAUCAGAGUCGGGUCAGAGUCGAGAAGGACUUGUGUCAACAAAACUGUCGGUGCUAAUCUUCACUGCAGGCUACAGUGUCUGAUAUCAACAGGCCCUGGAGACACGUCCCGUUCACACCGGCGCGUAACCACGGGAGAGUGAUGGUGCUCCCGAGAAGUCCGAGGAGCGGAAUUACACUUUCUCAGCUGCCAUUCAAACCCACAGAGGCUCCGCGGAGAGGAGGAGGAGACGAGGAGGACGCCUCCGUUCACCAACCCAUUCAUCAGUCCGCUCAGUAAUCGCUCUCCGCCUGCUUGGACCUCCCGAGAGCCCCCUAUACUAUACCAGCCUGCGCGGAGGCGCGAGACAGCGCCACGAGCUUCGAUCGGCAGCGGCCGUGAACAACGUUUUCGCACGCGCAUACCGGUGAGAGGGGGGGGGGGGCAAGCUGGGAAGGACGUUCAGCGUGGAGAGGGAGAAAAAAAAGAGCCCGGCUGUCAGUGUUAUUCCCCGGCGUGGAUGUAGAGAGACGGAGGGAGAGAGAGGACCGCCGCAAAACUCUCCUUCUCAGCCUCUGACUGGACGCAUUUUACCGAGGGUCCUCCCUGGUUGCUGAUCUGAAGCUCUGGUCCUCAUCUCUGGCUGGAGUAGACAGCCGCCCCCCUUCAGUGAAGAGCACCAUGACCCAGGAGGGGCAGGCUCUGCCCUCUCCCACCCCACCAGAGAGCCCAGUGGAGCCCAAUACAGCCACCACGGAGACACACAGCCAGGCAGAGCAGGACAGGCUGGGCGCCGGGGCGAAGGACGAGCUAGAGGAGGGGAAACAACAAGAAGAGAUCAGAGAGGGAGAGGAGGAGGCACAGGGGGAGACACACAGGGAUGGAGAGGGGAGAGAGGAAGUAAAGGAUGAGGGAGGAGAGGGUGAGUUAAAAGAGGAGAGGGUGGAUGGCACUGGUGAUGAGGUUCGACAGACAGACGAAGGGGCGGAAGGAGAGAGUGAAGGGACGAGAGCGGAAGGAUGUAUAAAUGCGGAGGUAAGCUCAACGGGGGCCGAGGCAACACAUGAGGUGGAGGGGAUGAAAGAAGAAGAGGAGGGGAAGGAAAAUGAAGAGAUGCAACCGGCUACAGAGGAGGAGGCAACUCACCCUCAACAAGCUGGGCGCAGAAUGGCAAAUGGCAUAGGUGGGAACGAAGACGAGGAUGAAGCGGGCGAGGAGGACGAGGGAGGAGACGAGGGGGGGACUCCCACACACUUGGACACUUUCAGCUCUAACUUUGAGUCGACUGUAGAACAGGCUGACACAGAGGUGGAGGAAGAGGAGGAAGAGGUCCAGAAAGAGGUAGACGGGAGAGAAAACCAGGACAGUUUCAGCUCAGCGUUUGAGCAGAUUGUUGAGCAGGUCGAUGCUCAGGAGGAGGAAGAUGAUGAUGAGGAGGAGGAGGAGGAGGAGAGGGAGAAGGGCAGGGUUGACAACAAAGACGGCUUCAGCUCCACGUUCGAGCGCAUCGUAGAGUCUGCCCUGCUGAGGGGCGGGACCUGCUACAGCAGCCUGGACUCUCUGGACGUGCUGUCGCUCACAGAUGAGACGGACAGCUGCGUCAGCUUCGAGGCGCCACUGACGCCGCUCAUCCAACAGAGGGCACUGUUACAGGGCCCUGAACCCCUGGAGCUGGAGCUGGAAACGGUGCAGGAGCAAGAAGGAGCUGAGGCUGGGCCAGAAGCCGGGGAGAGCGCUCUCCGUGGAGCUGGAGCUGUGGCUGGAGUAGAAGGAAGCCCGCUGAGGACCACCAUACCGGGGAGCAGGUCCGAGUUUGUGCUGAGCCAGCCCGGACGCUGGGCCAUCCCUAACGGAUACCACACAGACUCCCGGGGAGCAGUGGAAGGUUGUGGAGCCAUGAUCAGCUCUGUCAGUGAUGCCAACCUCACAGACGUGCUGUCUGACUCAGAGGAGUGUGAUCUGGGCAGUCUGGAGCGUUUGGAGCGCGGCAGCACCGACACUCUGGCCAAUGGCUGCCGAGCCGACUGCGAGGCCGCCAAGAGGCUGGCCAAGCGCCUCUAUCACCUCGAGGGCUUCAAACGCUGUGACGUGGCCAGACACCUGGGCAAGAAUAAUGAGUUCAGCCAGCUGGUGGCAUCGGAGUACCUGAGCUUCUUUGAUUUCUCCGGCCUGUCGCUGGAUCGAGCCCUGAGGAACUUCUUAAAGGCCUUUCCACUGAUGGGAGAGACCCAGGAGAGAGAGAGGGUCCUUGUACAUUUCUCCAGACGCUUCUGCCACUGCAACCCACAGACACUUACCUCUGAAGAAGGCCAGAGCCACGGAGAAUAUGACGGUGAUGACGACAAUGACGAUGGAGCCCACACAUUGACCUGCGCCCUUAUGCUGCUCAACACCGAUCUACACGGACAUGUGAACAUUGGGAAGAAGAUGUCUUGCCAACAGUUCAUCAGUAAUCUCGAUGGCCUCAACAAUGGCAAAGACUUCCCUAAAGACUUAUUAAAGGUCUUGUAUAACUCUAUCAAGAAUGAGAAGCUUGAGUGGGCAGUUGAGGAGGAGGAGCUGAGGAAGAGUCUGUCAGAGCUGGUAGAGGAGCAAUGUGAGGGGGGGAGUAAGCGUGUUGCCAGGGUAACGGACGGCCAUAAUCCUUUCAUCGCCAUUCCCAUUCUCUUAAAUGCCGUCACCUACAAACAUGGGGUGCUGACCCGCAAGAGCCACGCUGACAUGGACGGCAAACGCACCCCGAGGGGUCGCCGUGGUUGGAAAAAGUUCUACGCGGUUCUUAAGGGGAUGAUCUUGUAUCUCCAAAAGGAUGAGUACAAGCCUGACGCCGACAUUUCCGAGGUGGACCUGAAGAACGCAGUGCGGAUCCACCACGCUUUAGCCACUCGUGCCACCGACUACAGCAAGAGAGCCAACGUCCUGAAGCUCAAAACCUCAGACUGGAGAGUCUUCUUGCUGCACGCCCCUAGUGAGGAGGAGAUGAUGUCUUGGAUCUUUCGGAUAAACCUGGUGGCAGCGCUGUUCUCCGCGCCGGCCUUCCCUGCCGCCAUAGGCUCCAUGAAGAAAUUCUGUCGGCCAAUCCUGCCGUCUUCAUCCACCAGACUCAAACAGGAGGAGCAGCUGCUGAGUCACGAGAACAAGCUGAAGCAGAUGAGCCUGGAGCUGGAGGAGCACCGGAAAAACUCGCCCUCAGCCGACCCCAAAAGCCGCGAGUGGGAGGAGUACCGGCUCAAGGAGCACUACCUCACGUACGAGAAGACUCGGUAUGAGACGUACAUCAGCCUCCUGCAGGCCAAAAUCCGCGCAGAGACGGAUGACCUCGAGAAGAUCGAGGCCAGCGUGAUGGCCGGCCUGAUCAUGGAGGGUGGCCUGGCCGGCCGCGAGUGCCACCUCCGCAAGACGCAGUCCUCCCCGUCCAUCAGUCAGGCUCAGGGCGGGCUGAACGGGAGGGCCGCUGGAUGCACUGCCCCAGGACAGAGGAGCUGAGGGGAGGAAGGAGGACCAGUGACCCCAAAGCCCACCAAACAACAUCCCUCCAAGCCAAACUAGCUUAAUCCUCCCACUUCUUACUGGGUUUCCUGUUAGUAUUUAGUGUUUUGGGCUCCUCCGUUCCUCCUGUUGUACUUACAGUAAGAAGGUGGGUAGCAACAGGAGGCAUGACUCACUGUCCUUCGUAGAAUUGAUCAACCCUGGUGAUAAGUUUCUGUCCUUGAGCAAUAGAUGAAGAAGAUGAAGAGCCCGUGCUCGAUGCCCGACAAGUGACCCUGCCAAACCUCAGACCUUUGAACUUUUACUAUUGCACAUUAAAAUGAUCAUUACUGUGAUCACUAUUUAUAACGACAUCAUCAGUAUUAUUUUGAAAUGAAACUCAGAGCGAUGCAUGUGUCUUUAGUUGAAAUGUGUAUUUAGUUAUGAGCAGAGCUUUGAGUCAUUCAUAAUGUCUUAGUUUAAGGCCAGAAAGAGAACAAAGAACGAGAGACGGACCGGUUUGCCUUUGUCCUCUCUGUCCUGUCCUCCAGGAGGCAGGCAGUGAUUCAGAUGGAGAUGGUACUACUGUAGCAUUUUGGCCUUUUUGUUUCCCGCUCGUGUUUACACACCCAGCCACUCACAGGCGUGUGUAUGGACCUACGGUAUAGGCGGAGUGUGGUGUGUGAAGAUGCAACAUAUCUAUCCCAGAGAUACAAAAACUCUCCAAAAGAACUUCUCAGAAGGAUCAUGUCCCUGCCAUGUAUAGCAUAUUUAUUUAUUUAUUUAAUUCUCCAAACCUUUAUUCACCCCAGGAAGGGUUUACACAUUGAGCAUGCUCGCUCUUUUUUUCAGCCAUUUCCAUUCGACGUUCAUACAGCUACAUCCAUUUGUAAGUGGCUGCCAAGAGGAACAGCCGUGGUUUUAACUGUUCACUAAGCUGCUCCACCGGAGGAACUGGAGGUUGAGUGCCUUACUCAAGGCCACCUUGACACUAGAUGUUGAGGGAUUUAGAGAGUGUUAGUCAGUCACUUGUCAGAGAGAUCUGUGUCUGGGAUUUCGAAGCUGCCGCUACCCCAAAUACUGACGUGUGUUCAAUUAUUCUGUAUGUUUUUUCCAACCAGUCAAAUCUGAACUGAAGAGGAUAACUGUAUGUGACUGAAUGAAAGCACUGUGCCAUGUUCCGUUCUAUCCCACAAACUACUCUUCUUAUAUCACGGCAGAGUGCACUGAGCUGAUGUGUAACAAUAUACGGUUGAGUGUGAGGUUGCCGAACAUCAAAGUGAAGGGCAGAACAGGAAGGUGUGGGUGGGAGACAUACCGUAUGAGUGGGUCAGCCGGUGUAUGUAUGCGUGUGCGCACUGGCAUGCUCUUUUUAAGCAGUUGAGUUGUUGAAGCUGUAGGCCACAGGAAGAAGUAAAUAUAGCAGGUUCAUGUUUUUCUAUGAAGAUUUUUGAGCAUGUUUGGUGAGAAACAAUCUGAUGGCCUUCUGCUGAAUAAGACUGCCAUCACAAUCAGGCCUAGAGCUCUCAAAAGCAUCUUCAGCACAAAGGCAGACAUCAUCCUUUUGACAAAAUAUAUACCUUUUAACUCCCAAAACAGAACAUCUAACCAAUCUACAGUAUGUUCUGAUUUAUAACAUGUUACAUGGACCUAAUAUAGCUUGCUUGGCGUUGUGUACUAGUACCGGUGUAUUCCUUUGAUUGCCAUCCUUCCUAACAGUUGAAGAUGUUUUUGGGAGAGCAGGACCUGGCCUAUCUUAGACAGAGACUGGCUUAUUGGAGAGUGUAGCAGCAGGUCUGCUCCAGCUUAACAUGAUGAAGUCAAGAAAGCUGUCAGCGUACUGGAAUGGAGAAGGGAACAGCAGCAAAACAACUCCACCAGCAGAGUAGCCAUCAAAACAUCCUCCACAAGGGGGAGGAGGAGGAGGAGAAAAGACUCCUUUUCUAAGAAGAAGAGACUGCUUUGGUUUUCUAGGUAAGACGGUCUCUGCCAGCCAAGAACAAGCAAAACAGACAUCCAGCACACGUUAGUCCAAACUGGGAACACAACAUAUGAAGCCUGUUUCUAAUGGGAGGAGGAUGAGAGGAUGUGGUGGUAGGGGUGGCGGUACCGCUGUUUGUGAGCACCUUAAUUGAUUCCAAGCCACCCACACACACACACGCACACACCACACACCACACAUUUUCUCUUUCUACGUAAUUUGCUUAUGACACAACUGUAGAUCAGUGAGCUAAGUCCUCCCUCACUCAGCCUCAGUGUGGCACAGAAGCAUGUUGACAUAAACCAGAGCUGUGGAUAUCGACAGUAUAUGAAAUCUUUGGCUCUGGACACAGCGCUUCUGUUGCUUCGUAUAUCAUAUUAAUAGUGACUGAGAGGAUCUGAGAUCCUUUUGGGACUUGGCUGGACACCUGGAAUUACAGCUGGAAUCCUGGGACCGGAUCCUUGUACAGACCAAAAUGCUGAAGCGGAGCUGAGUUUUCAGAGAAGAAGUACCAUUUUAUAAAGCUGUAUUGUUAGGAUGAAUAACUGCUUUCUUACAGGGAGACUUCCCCUUAUAGUCACUUUGGCUGUUGUGCUAACCAUUGUUUCCCAAUGUUCUAGGGUAGGCCUGUGCUGUAAUAUAGGAUUGUGAGAAAAAAAAAUAUUUGUUGAUUGUUAUGUUUAAUUUAAAAAAGGAAAACUUAGGCACUUUGAUGUCAGCAUUGGCUCUGUCUUUUUGUUUGUUUUGUUUGUAUAUCUGAACUGUUCUUUGACAGGAUGCUUAUACUAUGUAAAGGACAUAUUUACUGAAUAUUUAGUCUGUGCUUCAUAAAGUAAGCUUUUAUACAGAU